CGCGCAUCCAAGAAUGGGCGCCGCGGGGUCCGUCGUCGUCGAGACGGCGCCACCGACGCCCGUGCUCACACCGCGCGUGCUCGCGGCAGCGCAGACGAAGACGCGCCUCGCGCCCGAUGAGCUCGAGAUCCUCGGGAGCCACUUCCGCCGGGCGAUGGACGGCGGUGCCAUCUCGAGCGAGCCGGGAGCACCAGGAAUUGACGUGCGCAAGUUUCAAGGCGUGCUUGGCCUUCCCGAGAAGGAGUCGCUGUAUGUCGACCGCAUCUUUGCGCUCAUGGAUACGAACAAGGACGGACUCAUUUCGUUUGACGAGUUUACGCACGUCGUCACGCUCCUCUCGACGAAAGCACCGCUCGCCGAGAAGAUUGCGUUCUCGUUUGCGAUCAUGGACUUGGACGGCGACGGGAAGCUCUCCAAGACCGACGUCCACGAUGUCCUCCUCGCGAGCAUUUCGGAAAACAGCAUUUUGCUCACGAACGACCAAGUCGCACUCAUCAUCGAGCGCACGUUCGCCGACGUCGAUGUCGACGCGGACGGGUGCAUUAGCCUCGACGAGUACAGCGCGCUCGUGGGUCGCAGCGAUGGCAUGCUCACGCACUUGACACUCAACUUGUCGUACCUCCUGAAUCUCACAACGACGCCCAUGGCCGUGCUUGGUGAGAAGUAACAGUGUAAUAAAAGUGCCUGUAGAAAACGC